AAGCACAGACGAUAGGGAGUUGAUAAACCACAAGAUGAAGGAGGCGGCGAGUAUCCAGGAAGGGAUUGUCUGACUGCUGUAGACCGAACAAAUGUAGUUGUAGUUGAUGUGGUUUUUUACAUAAAAAAAUAAUAUUUAUGUAUCGCUUCAUUUGGCUAACUUCGAGUUUGAUUGGCAUUGCGCGAGGUCAUCUGGAGUUUGGGUAGUUCUGGGUUUAUCAACAAAACUCUGUUGGCUUUGUUUGUGUUGUGGACACGUUGUAAUCCGCUUCGUUUGUAAUAUGUGUGUGAGGUGUACAUUACGAAGUUUGUCAUGAAAGUUAAGGUGGUUUCACUGAUUCGAUUCAACGUAGGCGAAGUAGUCAAGAAUCUGUUGGCACAGCAGGGUCCAAUGACUGAGCGUUGGAUGGCUAUCAAUCUCGUGCACCAUCUUGUGAAGUAAAAUGCAGGUGUGUGUGAUAUUUUCCGGUGUGCUCUGUGGCAUGGAAAUGGCUGUACUUGAGACUGUAGCAGGUUGUGUUGAUUGUUCUCUUUGGGAGCUGCCCGUCGGCCGAAGACAGAAUACGGGGCAUUUUGAUCGCUCCAAAAGGAAGCAUCGAAGGGAAGGGCAUUGCUCCAACGACGCAAGUCUCUGGAUUAUCAGAUUCCACAAACACACCUGAUGAAGUCACAGACGAGGCUGGCACUCUUGUUGGACACGGAUUUUGUGUCCUGAAACUAAAGGUAGGCAUGGCAGACUUUGAUGAACUUCGGUUGAAGUAAUGAUCUACGAACAGGAUCUGUACGAGGCAGAGUCCUGUCCACACUAUUCACAUUUGGAACAGAUUGGUCGGCGCGCUACUCCACAAUAGGAUGCACCAGUCACACAAUCAGUUAGAGAGGGUGUAGGAGCUGAUGGAAAGGUCUGAGCAGACGCAAUUCGGAAGGGGUCUCACUAACAGGCCACUGAGUUUGCAAAUCUUGUUAAGGAGUGCGACAUAGAAUAUUUAGAGGGUGUGGCAUUGUGCAGGAAUAUGUUAAGAUCUCAAAAGAUAUACCGAGAUUUUGUAAGGAGAGUGGGAUACCUAUUGCUUUAGAUGAAAGCGUUGACGAGGAUACAUCGUUCUGGAGUGAAAUGCUUGAAAGAAUUGCAUCAGAGGGCGUAAUGGCUGUUGUAAUUUUUCCUGGUCGCGUGGGAUCGUUUGAACAAGCUGUGUCAUUGCGGAGUGGGCACAUAGCCGAGGCAUAGUAGCUGUUAUCAGCUCAGAUAUGAAAACAAAUAUUGGUUUAACUGCUUAUGCCCAUCUAGUUACUUCUGGUGAUGGAAGGUGUCUAUGGACGCACACAUCGAAUCAACAGAAAACCUCACGGGAUGGUGCUAUUACGCAUGGGCUGGGUACUUACAAGUGGUCUGUUGGAGACCAGUGAGAGGAAGGGGAUCGUAAAAGUUUUACACUCAUGCACAGUGGACAAUGAAGAGGGCCGCGAAUUGACCGAAGGCUGCUGGGAGUGUGUAACAACCACAACGGCGGGCACUAUUUUGAAUGAAUGGAACUCACUUGCUCCAGAUGUUCACCAGCACUGCUUCCACCACGCUGAUGAAUGAUGUAUGCUCGCCUGGAUCUCCAGCGAUUCGAUCAAUGCGCGUGUCUGCAUAUCCGACGCCCGAGAAGUACCAUUCUGGGCACGGUAUGAUUGUUUUGGUCACAGUAGAUGCUAUUGAAAAUCCAGCCAUUUGCGAGGAUGAGAGAAAUGAACCGAACCCACCUUCAUGUAUCACCUGAGCAACAGCACUCCCAAGAUUCCCUUCACUAAUUUCUAUCGUUGAAACAGUGCCAAUACUUGCUUCCAAUAUGUAAACGAUAGAAGAAAAAAAAUCCACGUAUCUCAAUGCUGAAUAUAAGACUUCAGAACAAAAACGUGACUUUCACACAUAGGAAACUGAAUUGCAUUAUUCCCAUCGGCAAAUUUACAUUUUUCAUGGAAGAUUUUGAGAAAACUUUGAGAUAGUAGCAAAAUCUUUUUGCUCUAUAUUAUCUCCUACAUGGGUCACAAAAAAUUUGCUAAAUUCCAUGUCACAUUCAACCUGGAAGCAUUCGAAGGGAUGGGGGGGAGAUUCUGACGAAAGCAGCAGUGGCUCCGCCUACUCCGUCGACUCGGUCGCGGGAGGCGCACCCCAUGACCGCGAGCACAUGAGCCCCAUUAACUUUGCGCACAUUACGGCACGGUAACAGGAAUCCCACCUUAGAGGCAGACGCCGGUAACAGCGGUGAAGGGGGGGAGAGCGGGACUGGCGAGGAAUGGGGAUUCAUCCAGCUUCAUCGUCAUCGCCGAGCUGAAGCAACUGCACAACCAGCUGUGUUGCUGCUGUUCGAUGCUGGGCAGGACAACCACGCAGCUCACCUGCCUGCCUGUUGAUCUUUUGCUAGGCCCCUCCGAAACCCCGUCCGUCCGUAUCCCGUCAAUGGUCACUUGCACUUGUGUGAAGCCAUAGCCACUGACGCCGUCGCCGCUGCUGCUGCUGCUGCUGCUGCUGAUGGUGUGACCGAUCAAAUGGUUUCGUGACAGUGCCACAGCCCAGAUCCAGGUGUAGUAACGAGUUCUGCACCGUAGAGACGGUGUGAUGUAAGCAACCAGGGGUUGGUAUUUUCCGGUCGACAGAGUUGUAAGAGGAGAAUUACAGAGAUACUCGGAUACAUUUGAGAAGCAAUCGGAGGCGUGGUUCUGACCACGCCAAAUCAGACAUUCAGAGCAGCUCUGGUGCUCCACGGAAAGGACAUAUCAGGGAAAAUGGGCUAUGACAGAUGUAUACAGAUUCUAUCGGUUCUUCUUUUGUGCGGGGCGAGUUGGGCGCAGGGUCCUGUAGCGGCGCCAGCCCCGUCUUUUACACCUGCUGAUGCAAUUCGUAUCGCGUGUGGCUCAGCCUCCGAUGUCAAAAUUGGCACACGGGUAUUUGCAGCUGACAAUGUUCCAGGAACAAUAAAAGGAAUUGCGGGAACGACUCUUCAGAAUAACGGUGCUUUGUCGGCGUACGCUCCACUUCUCACCUCUGCGAGGUUCUUCACUGCUGGAUCUAAUUACACUUUCACAGUGAGUCCAGGGAGACAUUGGGUUCGCCUGUUCUUCUAUCCAUUUGCGUUCUCAUCUUUCCAGCCAAGUAAUUCAUUCUUUGACUUGACUGCCAACGAGUUCGGUCUUCUCUCCAACUUCAGCGCAGUGACCUUCGUCACCGCAGACAGCCCUUAUUUUGUUCGAGAGUACAUCCUGAACAUUACUUCAAAGGAACUCGUUCUUACUUUCAUUCCACGGCCAAGUUCGUAUGCUUUCAUAAACGCCAUAGAGAUUGUGUCUGCGCCAGAUGGAAUGGUGCAGGAUGGCGCGACUAUACUGGGUGGAAGCUCUGUCGGUAACUUUGGCCUGAGCCGGUCGGCCCUGGAGACUAUGCACCGUAUCAAUGUUGGGGGAGUCACCGUCACACCGGAUGCUGAUUCAGCGAACAUGAGCAGGACGUGGAUUCCAGAUAGUCCGUAUUUAAUUUUUGGAGCCACAGGCAAAACCGAGUAUACCCAAACUCAAGAUAUCACGUACACCAAUGUUCCUCAAUAUAUUGCUCCUGCUGCCGUUUAUGCGUCUGCGCUUACAUUAUCAGGCAGUGAUGUGGUGAACGUCAAUUACCAACUCAACUGGAAUUUCACAGUGGACCCCGCCUUCGCGUACUUAGUGCGUUUUCACUUAUGCGAGAUUGUGUACCAGCGGCUCAAUGAGCGUGUUUUCAAUAUUUACAUCAACAACCAGGUCGCUUUUCCAGAUCUGGAUAUAAUCGCUAAAACCACUACUCCCCUCACUCCCUUGUACAUGGACUUCAUGGUGCCCAUGUUCAAUAACUAUCCAGAAAUAAAUGUUAUGAUCGAAUCGAGCAAGACUGCUCAAAAUUACAAGAAUGCUAUAUUGAAUGGUCUGGAGAUUUUCAAGGUCAACAACUCUCGCUCCAGUCUUGCAGGCCCCAAUCGUGUUGUAGUGCCAGAUAAUUCCACUGAUGGUACACAAACUACAAAUUCAAGCUCGAGCUCCAACUUAGGUGCCAUCAUCGGUGCGUCCAUCGGGGGCGUAGCCGCUGUUCUUGUGGCGGCUGCGUUGGUCAUCUUUUGUUGCUACAAGAAGAAGACCAAGUCUGACAAGCCUGGCGCACCAAGUCAUUGGCUCCCGCUGCCUCUGCACGGCAGCAGUACUGACCACAGCAAAGUGUCGACUAGUUCGGCGAAGAGUGGGAAGAGUGGUGCAGGAAGUUAUGUUUCUUCAGUUCCAUCCAACCUGGGCAGGUACUUCAGCUUCGCGGAGCUCCAAGAAGCCACGAACAACUUCGACGAGUCUUUGGUUUUGGGAGUGGGUGGAUUCGGCAAGGUGUACAAGGGUGAGAUUGACGAUGGGUCGAAAGUGGCGGUGAAGCGGGGAAACCCCAGGUCAGAGCAGGGUCUAAACGAGUUCCAAACCGAGAUAGAGCUUCUGUCGAAACUCCGACAUCGGCACCUGGUGUCACUGAUAGGGUACUGCGAGGAACACGGUGAGAUGAUUCUUGUAUACGAUUACAUGGCCAACGGUCCGCUCAGGGGUCACCUGUACGGAACAGACGAGGCUCCUCUGUCGUGGAAGCAGAGGCUGGAGAUUUGUAUCGGUGCAGCACGAGGAUUGCAUUACCUACACACCGGCGCGGCGCAAGGGAUCAUUCACAGGGAUGUGAAAACCACGAACAUCCUUCUGGACGAGAACUUCGUUGCCAAGGUGGCUGACUUCGGGUUGUCGAAAAUCGGGCCCGCGAAUGAAGUCACGCACGUGAGCACAGCCGUGAAGGGCAGCUUCGGGUACCUGGAUCCCGAGUAUUUCCGCAGACAGCAGCUGACGGAGAAGUCAGACGUGUACUCCUUCGGUGUCGUUCUCAUGGAGGUGCUGUGUGCACGACCGGCAAUCAAUCCGGCCCUUCCUCGAGAGCAAGUGAACAUGGCCGAAUGGGCAAUCAAGUACCAGAAAGCUGGCAUGCUGGAUCAGAUCGUGGAUGAGAAGCUACGGGGUUCAAUCAACCCCGACUCGUUGAAAACAUUCGGCGACACCGUCGAGAAAUGUCUGCAGGAGCAAGGUAUUGAUCGACCUUCCAUGGGUGACGUCCUGUGGAAUUUGGAGUACGCCUUGCAACUACAUGAAGCAUCUGCUGAAAGUGCCAUGUCCAGCCCAGAUCAAGGGAACUUUAGCACCGACUCUGAUAACAGCCACAUGAUCUCCGUGCCGUUGGUUGUACCCAACCUUUUCGAUGACUCGAUGACAGCGGACACUGAACGAAGAAUGCUGGAGGAGACCUCGUCCGAGGAUCAAUCGGCGAGCGCCAUAUUCUCUCAGUUGGUCAACCCUCAAGGAAGGUAAAGCACAGACGAUAGGGAGUUAAUAAACCAGAAGAUGAAAGAGGCGGCGAGUAUCCAGGAAGGGACUGUCUCACUGCUAUAGACCGAACAUAUGUAGUUGUAAUUGAUUUUUCGUUUUUUAUUUUUGUUUCCAUUUUUUUCAUUUUCCUCGUCAUUCGGUUUACUUCAAGUUUAAUUGGCAUUGCGCAAGGUCAUCUGGAGUUUGGGUAGUUCUGGGUUUAUCAACAAAACUCUGUUGGCUUUGCUUGUGUUGUGAACACGAUGUAAUCCUCUUCGUUUGUAAGAUGUGUGUGAGGUGUACAUUACGAAAUUUGUCACGAAAGUUAAGGUGGUUUCACUGAUUCGAUUCAACGUAGGCGAAGUAGUCAAGAAUCUGUUGACACAGCGGGGUCUAAUCACCAGGCGCUGGAUGGCUAUCAAUCUCGUGCACCAUCUUGUGAAGUAAAAUGCAGGUCCGAAUAAAAGUCACUGCUUGGGCUAGUCGUUUCUA